AUGACCCAGACAGCCGUGACCGUAACGCAGAGGGCCCAUAUUCGCUUCAGUAUUCCUUCAGAUGACACGAAAAUAUGUGUCGUUAUGGUUGGCUUGCCAGCCCGGGGAAAAAGUCUCAUAGCUGGAAAAGCCCUUCGAUAUCUUGCUUGGGUGGGAAUCGCGGCCCGAAUUUUCAAUGUAGGCACAUAUCGCCGUGAGAAGUCGCCUCAUCCUGUAGCAACCUUCUUUGAUCCGCACAAUUCAGAAGGAGAAAGAAUGCGACGAGCCGCCGCCGAGGCAGCCGUGUCAGACAUGCUCAAAUGGUUCAGGCAAGACAACGGCGUCGUGGCUAUAUUUGAUGCGACAAACUCGACGAAAGCCAGGCGAGCAUGGAUUCACAAGACCUGUGAAGAAGCCGGUAUUGAGACUCUUUUUGUGGAAUCUUUGUGCGAUGACGAAGAGAUUAUUAUGAACAACAUACUUGAAGUCAAAACGACAUCGCCAGAUUAUAAAGGACAAGAUCCAGAAGUCGCUGCCCAAGACUUCCGCAACCGCAUUCGCAAUUAUGAGAAGGUUUACGAGACAAUAAGUGAAGACGAGAAAUCGUACACUUACGUCAAAUUGAUCAACGUGGGAUCCACAGUUAUCAUCAAUCAGAUAAAGGACUAUUUGUCAAGCAGACUUGUCUACUACAUUCAAAAUCUUCAUAUCAAACCUCGGUCCAUCUGGCUAUCGCGGCACGGAGAGUCGGAGUUCAAUUUAACAGGAAAGAUCGGUGGCGACUCCGAUAUCUCAUCUCGUGGAGAAGCCUAUGCUCGAGCACUUCCUGGUCUUCUCAAACAAUCCGGCGUUCCACCGGGUGCCAAACUGACGAUUUGGACAUCGACUCUAAAACGUACGAUACAAACAGCACGGCAUCUUGCUGCAGAGACUGGCUAUGAAAAACUAGAAUGGAAGGCUCUCGAUGAACUUGACUCUGGCGUCUGUGAUGGCCUGACUUACGAAGAUAUUGCUGAGCGAUAUCCCGAGGAUUUUGCAGCUCGAGAUGAGGACAAAUAUAACUAUCGCUAUCGGGGCGGAGAAUCAUACCGUGAUGUCGUGAUCCGGCUCGAGCCAAUCAUUAUGGAACUCGAGCGCAGUGAGAAUAUCAUCAUUGUCACCCAUCAGGCGGUCUUACGAUGCAUUUAUUCCUACUUUCACAACAUGUCACAAGAACAAAGCCCGUGGAUGGAGGUUCCUCUCCACACCUUGAUCAAAUUAACGCCUCGCGCUUAUGGAACUGAAGAGAAGCGUUUCAAAGCGAACAUUCCUGCUGUAUCCACAUGGAGAGGCAAAGGAAGCUCGGCCAAGCACCAAGAACCAGGUCAUUACCUUGAACCUCGGCCGCUCGUCGAACUCAAACCCCGCGAUAAAUCCAAAAUCGAGUCGAUCCUUGCAUACGGCGAUCGCCUGCUUGUUGGUUUGAAUAAUGGAAAUCUGCGAGUGUAUCGCGUCAACGAACAAGCCCCGGCUAGAGACGUUGAGCGAAACGGUCAUGUUGUUGAGGACGCGGCGGCGGCUAAGGACGACCAAGAAACGACAUCUGCCUCCGCAAAGUCAACGGAUCUCCUUCGCGAAGAGGAUAAGUUCUCUCGCUACAAGAUCGAUCAACUGGCGUUUAUCAAAGAGGCGAAUGUUCUAGUCUCUCUUUCAGGCGGCUAUGUUUCCUUGCACGACUUGCAAAACUAUGAUCCUCAGGAGCAGCUCACGAAAACAAAAGGAGCCACCACGUUUGCUGUGACGUCAAAUGUUGAGAACGAUAUGGAAACGGACGUCCCCUCGAUCGUCUCCCGUCUCGCUGUAGCCGUUAAGCGCAAGAUUCUCCUAUGGACUUGGCAGGAUAUGGAACUCAACCCGGAUACGGCUGAAAUUACACUUGUUAGUGGGAUCAAAACAUUGACGUGGAUAUCUGGGACGAGGUUAAUUGCUGGCCUUACUGCAAACUAUGUUUUGGUGGAUAUUGAGACUAUGGAGCUUAGGGAUAUUGUUGGGCCCGGGAGUAUUGGAGGUGGUCCUGGGCAGGAAUCAAGCCGACUCGGAGGAGUCGGAGUCGCGAGCAUGAGCUAUAUUGGAAUGGGUGGAAUUGUUCCUAAACCGUUGGCUACGCGGCUGGGCGAGGGACAAGUGCUCUUAGCAAAAGAUGUCAACACACACUUCAUCGACAUUGACGGUGCAUCUCUGGGCAAACGGCAGAUCCCAUGGAAUGCCGCUCCCGAGGCUCUGGGAUAUUCAUACCCAUAUCUAUUGGCAUUACAGGACCCUUACAAAGGUACCUUGGAAAUACGGAACCCCGAUACUCUAUCCCUUCUUCAGUCAAUAUCUCUUCCUUCUGCCAGUCUGCUUCAUAUGCCGCAUCCUAACAUCAGCUUGGCGCAUGCUGGCAAAGGCUUCCUAGUCGCCAGUGACCGUGUUAUAUGGCGUAUGGAUGCUUUGAGUUACGACAACCAGAUCGAUGCGUUAGUCGAUAGCGAGUAUUUGGAUGAAGCGAUCAGCUUGAUUAGCAUGCUGGAGGACGCUCUCUUGGCUGACAAGUCGGGUCGGUUACGUGAGAUUCAGUUGCAGAAAGCUCAAAAGCUGUUUCAUGACCGCAAAUACCGGGAUGCCCUUGAUCUCUUCGCCGCCGUUUCCGCGCCCCCAGAGAUUGUCAUUCAACUAUACCCGAAAAUAAUUGCAGGUAAUCUGUCGUCCAUAGCAGAGGAGACUGGAGAAAUCGAAGAGAAUGGAGCGAAUUCUUCAGAGCGUACCAAUGGACUGCACUCACAUACAGAGGAAGCAGUUGCUGACAGCUCCGCGCCUGCUAAAACUUCUACUUAUGCGCCUUCUCUUGCUUCUUUUCUCCGUGGCAAAGGGGAUGAAGGUAGUGACGAUGGAAGCAUCCGGGGGAAACCAGCUGAGAACACCCAAGGCGAGAAACACUUAGAAGGGAAAGAUUUGAAAGCGGCCGUGCGCGAGCUUCAAGGUUAUCUUGCUGAUGUUAGACGUCGCUUCCAGAGAUUCUUAAACCCUAAUGGCACUCUACGUGCUGGAUCCUUGCACCACGGUGGAGAAAUCGAUGAGUUCGAAGAGUCUGUGCGAAUGCUGCUUGGUGUCUCUGGAGAGAUUGAUGAAUCUGAUUUCGAAGAACGAUUGUGCGAAAAUGCCAAACUGGUAGACACGACCUUGUUUAGAGCUCACAUGUACGCCACGCCAUCCUUAGCAGGCUCCCUGUUUCGAAUUGCGAAUUUCUGUGACCCGGACGUCGUUAUGGAAAAGCUUGAAGAGAGCGGGCGCGACAAUGAACUUAUCGACUUUUACUAUGGGAAAAAGAUGCAUCGUCGAGCCUUAGAGCUGCUUCGGAAAUUUGGACAUUCACAAGCGAAAGACGAAAAUGAUGAUCCAUCGGCUCAUCUUCGCGGUCCUGGCAGAACUGUUGCUUAUCUACAGCACCUCUCUCCAGAGUAUAUUGAUCUCAUCCUUGAAUUCGCGGAAUGGCCUCUUCGAGAGGAUCCUGAGCUCGGUAUGGAAAUCUUUUUAACUGAUACUGAGAAUGCCGAGACACUACCGCGUUAUCAAGUGAUUGAAUUCCUCGAAAAAGCCGAUACAGGACUUGCUAUCCGCUAUCUUGAGCAUGUGAUCGAUGAACUCAAUGACAUGAGUCCUGAUCUCCAUCAAAAAUUACUGAAUCUUUACCUACACAGGUUACUGCGACAUAAACAAAGACAAGAGACGUUUGACAGCGAAGACGACUUCCUUUCAUGGAAGGAAAAGUUUUUGGCAUUUCUGAAAUCGAGCUCUCAAUAUUCACCUGCUAAAGUUCUAGAUCAGCUUCCGCGUGAAGACCCCGACUUUUACGAAGCUAGAGCAAUAGCGUUUAGCAAAAUGGGACAGCAUCGACAAGCACUUGAGAUUUACGUUUUCAAAUUACAUGCGCAUGAGAAGGCAGAAGAGUAUUGUAAUCGUAUUCACGUCACUGAAGAAGCAACCUCUACGGAGGUAUCUCCAUCUCAGCGUCUUGCGCCAACCGACGCCGACGAAACGAAGCCCCCAAUCUAUUUGACGUUGCUAUCUCUCUACCUAUCGCCUCCACAUGGUUACGACGCACAGUACGGUCCAGCACUAGACAUCCUGGCCAAACACGGCUCCCGCCUACCUGCAAAGUCCACACUCAACCUGAUCCCGGAAGACAUUGCAGUUCAAAACCUCGAAUUCUAUUUCCGCAGUCGUAUCCGCGCAGCUAGCUCUAUUAUGAACGAGGCGCGCAUAGUUUCGAACCUACAGAAGGUACGAAACAUUAAAACGCAGGCUCAGCUUCUGGUGGGAGAAGGUCUGCCAGACAACAACAAAGCGCGGAGUCGACAUGUCACAAUUACCGAGGAACGUGUGUGCGGGAUAUGCUAUAAACGACUGGGAGGAAGCGUUAUCAGCGUGUUUCCAGACGACAAGGUCGUCCACCUGGGCUGUGCCAAUCGGAUGACAUAG